CCGAACAGAGUCGGUCUGUAGAGGCUCGGCAGGAACGGACCGGGACGGACCAGGACGGACCAGCACAGACCCGAGUGUUGUUGUGAACCAGCUCUAAAAACACCCCUCUGGAGGAGAGGGACAGCAGCGAGAAAGAUGGCGGAUGUUGGCGGCGACGAACCCCGCUCCGCGCCCCCCAAGACAUCCCGCCUCGGUCCGGGCUCCACCAGCUCCACCAGCUCCACCGCGGGCCCCGGCUCCGCCACCGCCGCCGUCACUGCGGCCACCGUCAUGUCGGGUCCCCGCACGGUGCGGAUCGUCAAGUCCGAGUCCGGCUACGGCUUCAACGUCCGCGGCCAAGUGAGCGAGGGCGGGCAGCUGCGGAGCAUCAACGGGGAGCUGUACGCUCCGCUGCAGCACGUCAGCGCCGUGCUGCCCGGGGGCGCCGCCGACCGAGCCGGCAUCGGCAAGGGGGACCGGAUCCUGGAGGUCAACGGGGUUAGCGUGGAAGGUGCGACCCACAAGCAGGUGGUGGACCUGAUCCGUGCGGGGGAGAAGGAGCUGGUUCUAGCCGUGCUGUCUGUUCCACCUCAGGAAGCUGAUGGAUUGGAAGGAGUGGAGGAAAUCCAACCCAACUACGACUACAGCGACAAGCAAGCUGUGCCCAUUUCUAUUCCCACAUACAAGCAUGUGGAACAGCACUCUGAGAGGUUUGUGGUGUACAAUGUGUACAUGUCAGGUAGACAGUUGUGCUCAAAACGCUACCGUGAGUUUGCCAUCCUGAACCAGAACCUGAAGAGGGAAUUCUCCAACUUUAACUUCCCAAAGAUUCCUGGUAAAUGGCCCUUUACCCUCUCUGAGCAGCAGCUGGAUGCUCGGCGUCGAGGCCUGGAGGAAUAUCUGGAGCGAGUGUGUUCUGUUCGGGUGAUCGGGGAGAGUGAUAUAAUGCAGGAGUUUCUGUCGGAAUCAGAUGAGAAUUACAACGGAGUGACAGAUGUGGAACUGCGGAUAGCGCUGCCAGACAAGACCACCAUCUCUGUCAGAGUCCGUAAAAACAGCACCACGGACCAGGUAUACCAGGCAUUAGUGAUGAAAGUUGGAAUGGACAGUAUAAUGGCAAGCUACUUUGCCCUUUUUGAAGUUAUCAAUCAUUCCUUUGUGAGGAAGCUGGCGCCCAACGAGUUCCCCCACAAGCUUUAUGUGCAGAACUAGACGUCAGCUGUUCCAGGAACUUGUUUAGCGCUCCGAAAAUGGUUGUUUAGCGUCCAGGAGGAGGAGUUUCUCAGAGAUAACCCUCUAGCACUGCACUACUGCUUCCACCAGUAAACACCAGGUCACAUAAAGACACAAGUUGCUUAAACAGCUUUAUGGGAUUUAGCGUCUCACAGCCACAUGUUAUGGUAAGAUUUAAUCACCUCCGUCUGAGUGAUUGACGUCUCCAGCUGGGUAAUCUGAGCCAGAACUGUGUCCUGGUUGGACAGAAUAUAGUUCAUCUCCUUACUAAUUUUAUCCUGUUGAAUAAACAGCAAAAAAACACCACACAGAUUAGCAGUCACACACACUCUCAUGUUAACUCUGCUUUAGCUCAUUUACUGUACGUUUGCUCAUAUUCUAAUACAGUAAACACUGAUUUCAAGUGUUAUUACUUUGUAAUGACACAAUACAGUUAUAAAAUUGGAUUGAUAUCUGUAACUGAGGUUAAAUGGAUGAAUGUUUUCAUUUUGAGGAGCACGUAGUGAUUUCAGUCAGACCUUCAGAGCUUGGUACGCCUGCGCCACCGGGAGGAUUUUGUGUCCAGUGUGAAUCCGACGCAGUUUGCAGAGAGGGCAGAGCAGGCGCUGGCAGGACCUGCAGUAGAACUGCAGCUUCUCCUGGUCGUGCUCCGGGCACGUCAGGACCUGAGGAGGAGAGGAGCACGCUGUUUCAACCAGAUCUGAAACGCACUUGAAGAAAUCCGUGCAGACACAUCUUUGUUCUCGCUUUGAUAAAACCAGCCAACAGCAGCCAAAGCAUAAAGAAAACAUUACAGAACAUCAUGGCUUACAGUGUAAGCCAUGAUCAGCAAUAUUAAAAUAAUAAAAGGCUUGCAAUAUUUCAGUUGAUUUGUAAUUAAUCCAGAAUGUCUGACAUUUUUGCAUUACAGAAAAUAAAGGACUUUAUCACAAUAUUCUAAUUUCCUGAGACAGUCCUGUAUACAUUUGAACAUAUGGUUUAGAGAUAAUUGGGUCAUUAUCUUUACCUUGGGUCUAAAAUUGAGUGUGGGCUGGAUGUGUUCAUGUUGGGCCCUCGGGGUUCCCCAGGGAUGAUAGAGCUUGAAACACUCGUUGCAGAAAUUGGACCUGCAGUCGGCACAGCCCUUGGUGGCUUCCAGCGCUUGAGGAGGCUUGCAGAACUGGCACAUGACGGCGACGCUGCCGAGGCUCACCGUGUGUCUGUACCUGGGGAAGAAGAAGUGUUGGAGGGGUUUUAACCAUUCUGUUUCACUGGGAUUCAACCAGAGUUGGGUAGUAACGAGUUACAUUUACUCCGUUACAUUUACUUGAGUACGUUUUGGGAAAUGUUGUACUUUUAGGAGUAGUUUUGAAUCACUAUACUUUUUACUUUUACUUGAGUAGAUUAGUGAGGAAGAAACUGUUACUCUUACUCCGCUACAUUAGGCUACGUUGAGCUCGUUACUUUUCUUUUAAUCCUCCGCGUACGUGUCAAUCUCAUGACAUCACUGGGUGAUUCUUUGGGAAAAAUGAUUGUUUUUGCAUGUUUUGUCACAUUUACACAGAUUUAAACACACACAGAGUUUCUAUGAGUUCAUGGGCUUGUUCUAGUUCUGCCUGGUUAAAAAAGAAAAGUACAAAGGCUUGAAAUUUUGUGCUACUUGUGCUUAAUUAAUUUUUUUAUUCUGUUAUUAUUUUAUUUAUUUUAUUAUUUAUUAAAGUACUUGAAUUUACUUUAAGAUUAAUUUAAGCUAUUUCUUAUUAAUUUUAAUUUAUUUUAUUAUUUUAUUGAUUUAAUUUGCCUGAAGAUGAUUAUUUUGUACUUUUGUCUGUUUGAAUGAUUGUGUUAAAAAAAUAAAUCAGACGUUACUCAACAGUUACUCAGUACUUGAGUAGUUUUUUCACCAAGUCAUUUUUUACUUUUACUCAAGUAAUUAUUUGGAUGACUACUUUUUACUUCUACUUGAUUUAUAUUAUUCUGAAGUAACAGUACUUUUACUUGAGUUCGAUUUUUGGCUACUCUACCCACCUCUGGAUUCAACACCACAGGACACCUGACCAGUAAAGUUCAAAUUACUUUUUGAACACAAGACCAUUUGCACUCAGAGCCGUAAAAAAAGUUUUGAAAUCGACAAAAGGUCAGGGAGUGAGAUUGAGACAAAGUAUCGAGUAGGUGAGAAAGUGAACACAAGGUUGCUGGGCUGUGGAAACACACUCUCAUUACGGGCGGCUACAGCUCAGGCAGUAAUAGUGCAAACUGUGCAGGAUUCUUCACAGUUCAGCUGCUGCAGAACAAUUACAAUCAGAUUUGGACAUCUUCCCACAUUUCCUGCUUUUCAGGUCAGAGUCAUCUGGCCUUCGAGAGAUAGCUUAAGAUUUCAACCUUAAAGAGUUUAAGUGGGAUUGCAUGAGUUAUUCAUGGAUAGAUAUACAGGACUGUCUGAGAAAAUUUGAAUAUUGUGAUUUUCUGUAAUGCAAUUACAAAAACAAAAUUGUCAUACAUUCUGGAUUCAUUACA